CUUGCGCGUCAAGAACCAGCCUUAGCAAAACAUAAUAUAACCUCUAAAAUUGUAGCUAGCAACCAGAACACGGUUUCCUGUUGAAGCAAAUUUUGGCUGAAAGAUAUAUUUUUUCCAUUUAAACUGACACCUUCAUUAGGUUGACCCAAUUUUAUUCCAGGCUAACAAUUUGACUAGCGACACAGGACGUCAAAAUAUUAGCUAGCCACUAGCCAGCAUUAGCUCACAGCUAACUUGGCUUCAUCUUGGCGUAGCUAGAGUUGUGUUCAGCUUUAGAUAGAAAAUAAAAUAUCUAAACACUAAAUCAUGUCGGAAGACUAUGAAUUUAGCGACGACCCGUCCAUGAUGAGGAUGGAAGAGGACGGAGAGGCAAACAGCGACGACCCCAUGUCAGUGGGUCGGGACUGUGGCCUGAUGGAAGGAGAGGCCGAGGGCUCAAGGAUCGACGCCAGCAAAAACGAAGAGGAUGAAGGGAAGAUGUUUGUGGGUGGACUCAGCUGGGACACGACCAAGAAAGACCUGAAAGAUUACUUCUCCAAGUUUGGGGAAGUUGUGGACUGCACAUUGAAGCUGGACCCCCUGACUGGGCGUUCGAGGGGAUUUGGCUUUGUGCUCUUCAAAGACCCUGAAAGUGUUGACAAGGUGGCCUCACAGAAGGAACAUAAACUCAAUGGAAAGGUCAUUGACCCAAAGAAAGCCAAAGCUAUGAAGAGCAAGGAGCCUGUCAAGAAGAUCUUUGUCGGUGGUUUAUCUCCAGACACACCUGAGGAAAAAGUCAGAGAGUACUUCAGUGCCUUUGGAGAGAUAGAGUCCAUUGAACUUCCCAUGGAGAACAAAACGAACAAAAGGAGGGGGUUCUGCUUCAUCACGUUUAAUGAGGAGGAGCCUGUUAAGACUAUCAUGGAGAAAAAAUACCACAAUAUUGGACUAAGCAAGUGUGAGAUAAAGGUGGCGAUGUCUAAGGAACAGUACCAGCAGCAGCAGUACUGGGGAGGCAGAGGUGGAUACUCAUCUAGAUCUCGAGGAAGAGGUCCCAAUCAAAAUUGGAACCAGGGUUACGGAAACUACUGGAAUCAAGGAUAUGGAAACUAUGGCAAUUAUGGUUACAGUAAUCAAGGGUAUGGAGGAUAUGGUGGCUAUGAUUACUCUGGUUACAACAACUAUUAUGGAUAUGGUGACUACAACAAUCAGUCUGGUGGAUAUGGCAAGUCGCCACGCCGUGGUGGUCACACCAACAGUUACAAGCCGUAUUAACGGGGGAAACUCGUCUUCAAGUAGGUAUGUAGCAACCAAAGUAGAAACAAGAUCACUUAAAAAUAAAAUAGUUAUAUUUAAUUUGCUGUUUGGUAACGUUAUGUAUACUUUCUUCUUAUACAUUUCUUUUUCUCAGCACCCUCGUGUGCUUUACAGUAGUGGUAACAUAGAGGCUAUGCUCAUGUGGCGAUUAUUUUUAACAACCGGCCUUCUGCUGCCUUUUUGCACCUUCUUUUUUUUCUUUUUAAACUGUAAAGUUAACAGGUAAAGUACUGCUACUACUGUAAAUGGAUGCCAAAGUUAAGGAUGUGCAAGGAAACAGAAAAGGAAGUAUGUUGUCUCCUAACUCUGACAUACCUUGUUUGUACCUGCCAGCGGAGCUUCCUUGCAGGCCAUGAGCUGACUCCCAGAUUCUCUCAGGGCCCGCUCAAUGCGGACCGGGUACGAGAAGCAUACGCUCUCGAAUGCUGCCAUUUGGUAUGGUCUUACAACAUCCUGUAUCAGCAUUUCUAAAACUAAACAAUAUGGGACACGUCCAGCUUUGUCAUCUUUCUUUCCAUUUUAAUUUUUGUUUUACAACUGUUUGUAAUGUAAAAAGUAAAAUAUACACGUGUAAUUGUCAUUUUUUACAGGCCCUUACUCCCCCACAAGUAAUGAUUAUUUAAAAAAUAACUAUUUGCUUUUCAAAGGAUACGUACAGCAUUCUCUGGACUUUCCAGUGCCCAUUGUUAAUAUAUGCAUCCUAAUCUUUAUCUAAAUGCUUGUUUCUUUAUUUAGCCAGUAGUCCAUGAGCUAAAACCUGCUUCGUAUUUGGACUCUACUGUGUUGGGGGAUAAAGUGCUUUACAUUGUGUAAAUGUAUUCUUCUGUUUUUUGUUAGUGACAGCGAUGGAAAAGACUUCCUCUUUUAUUAAGUUUCCUGUAACGAAUCUUCCUCUUAUUACCUUUUGUAAAACGAGAAGAAUCAAAGGGUCACUGCAUUUCCAGAAAUUUGCAUGUAAUGCUUUCUUUAAUGUCUAUUUUUGACCAAUCAAAGGUUUUUUUCCAUUUAGUAUUUUCACUUUCUCAGGAUUUCUAGCUUAUGGACUAACUUUUCUUAACUGUAAAAUGUUAAAAUAAUUGUUUGUUUUUUCUUUCUGGUUUUUAACAUUGGACGUUAUAAAAACGGGGUUUCCUUUUUUUUGCAAUUUUUUACACAUGUUUUUUUCAUUUAUGGCUGAUUUGUUUUUGUUUGUUUUCCACAGGCAUCAGACAGAUGAAGGGCGGCUGUGCGCGGGUGGGGCAUUGGCCAGAGCGAUGAUCCAGCAAAGAUCAUUUAGCUGAUUGUAAACAAAAAUAAAUAAAUAGUAAUAUGAAAGAACACUAUAACCUACAGAACAUUUCCUCAGUAUUUACCAGAGUAUUUGUUGUAUCCUAAAGGUUUUGGAUUUCAAUGUUUGGCAUUGUUUAGAUUGCUGCAGACUUUUAGCAGUCCAUUUGUUCUUGUUUAUUUGUAUUUAUUGUUCUCAUGCUAAUUGUGAGUUGCUUGGGUUUCUUAAUAACUGCAACGUUGAAUCGGUUGGAAUAGGUCACACAUGCGUAUGUGCAAUAGUGUGGUAGCAAAGAAAUACGUGCAUUGUUAUGAUUUAUCCUCAUCUUCAUAGACAUGAGUCAUAUACAUAUAUUAUUACAGAGUUUGAACAUUCAUUAUAUACAGAGUGUAUUGAACUUGAAGAAAUGCUUAAAAUAAAAGUAAUAGAAACUUG